AUGAUGAUUGACCAUAGUACUAACUCAUUGCAACAGGCACCAAAGAAAUCCAAACAAGCAACCUUAACAAUCCUCAAGCUCAAACGGGUCAAACUAACAUAUAUGCUCACCCUCACCACGAUAACUUUGAACAAUAUACGUGAUGAGCUAGCUGAGGCCAUCAACAAUUCUGGAGGCUUACCCGGAAGUCAAGAUGAUGAAAAGGGACUUGCUCAAAGAGCAAGGGAAGCUGAAGGUGGAGUGGAGGUAGAGCAAGAUUUGAUGGAUGAAGAUAGUAUACCGGUACCGAAAUCCGAGUUUGACGUCGUUGAGAGUGGCAUUGGAAGUGGUGACAAAACUGUCACGGGAAGUAAAGAUGUACAAUUCGUUGAUGCGGUGGAAUUGAGUAUUGCUGUUCCUCGAAACGCGUCUGCUCCGUAUGACAAUGAAUGGAUUGAGUUGACAGAGGGAAAUAUAGAUGAGGUGGAGUUUAAAGAUUACUGUAUUUUGGCAUUCAAAACAUCUACUGAUGACAAGUUUGAGAUUGUUGAAGCUGCCUACGAUGAUUGA